AUGGUGUUCUGUUUUCUCUCCGUCUCUCGGGGCGAAAGCCUCUCGAUGUCACUCGUCGUCGUCGUCGUAAAGUCAUCCGGGGGAGAGCGCUCGAUGACUUUCUCUGCUCGCUCUUGGCAACGCAUACUUACCAAAACAAACAUCGAAUUAGGCCGAGUCGCGCUGGUCAACUUGAAAGCGGACAAAUUGUACGGCAAGCUCGUCGUCGUCGUCGACUUGGUGGACCAAAACAGAGUUUUAGUCGACGCGCCGGGCAUCAAGCGAUGCAUCAUCAACUUGAAACGCUUAGCAAUCACGCCGAUUAAAUUGGACACGGGGAGAUGUCCGGACGCGGCGGCGUUGGCGGCGGCGCACAAAGGCGCGGCGGCGGAAUUCGCGGCGUCUAAGUGGGGGCAAAAGAUCGCGAGGCAAAGCGCGAGAAAGACGUUGACUGAUUUUGAUAGAUUUAAGGUUGCGAUUGCGAGAUCGAAGAGAUCCGCGAUUGUCAAGAAGGCGAUGGCUUAA